AUGUGUUCUUCCUCCGACGAUAGAAUCUGGCUUGAAUUAGAGUUGAAUUGGAGAAUUGUUAUGGCAACGAUAAUAGGGUUCUUGGGUUCUGCAUUUGGAACAGUUGGUGGUUUUGGUGGUGACGACAUUUUUGUCCCCAUGCUUACUUUAAUUGUUGGGUUUGAUGCCAAGUCUGCUGCUGCUCUUUCUAAGUAUUCUCUCUUUGUUAACUGGCGUUCGAAGAUUUGGAAAUAUGUUGAGAGAGUAAUCAACUUUGAUUAUGGUUUUGUGGACCGUAACCCUCAAGCUCCAAGCUUUUAG